UCUCACUCCCGGUCCUUCGUUCCCCGUAAGCGGCCACCAGAAAGGUGCUGCUUCGUCGUCGGCGAUAACCAUGCCUGUCUUGCUGUACAAUCUAGUCGGCAGUCCGCCGUGUGGCUUCAUCCGCUGCUUGGCGAAACACAUCGGCGUCGAGCUGAACCUCAAAAACCUCGAUUUCACCAAAGGAGAACACCGCACCGAACAGUUCCUCAAGGUCAACCCCUUCCACAAGGUACCUGCCAUUGACGACGAUGGCUUCAUUGUAUAUGAGAGCAACGCCAUCGCCUACUACCUGCUGCGGAAGUAUUCCCCUGAGUCGGACCUGUACCCCGCGUGCAUUGAGACGCGCACUCGCAUCGACCAGGUGCUGGCAGCCGCCAGCAGCAACAUACACCCGCAGCUUGGCGUCUUUUUCCGUCCGCGCUACUUUCAGGGUAUCAAACCAAGCGCAGAGGAGGUGAAAGCCUUCGAAGAAAACGUACUCAAGAACCUUGAGAACCUUAUCGGAGACGGCAAGUUCGCCGUGGGGGACAAGCUCACUGCUGCUGACCUCUGCCUAAUAGGGCAUGUCACCGUCUGCCUCGAGUUACCUUGUGUCGACAAAGCGAAAUACCCCAAGCUUACAGCCUACUAUGAAGUUAUGAGGAAUACGCUCCCCUACUACCAAGAAAUCUUCGGGCCUUUCACUGUUCAAGCCAAGCAACUCUGGGACAGGCUGCAGUAGCCACUAUUCGCCCCUCUUCCCCAGAGAAGCUGAGAGCGAGCCAGAAGAGAAAUGGGAAAGGUAGGAGUGUUAACGGGAAGAACAGCUGGUUUGCUACUGUACAUUGGGAAAGGGUGGGAUAUUAUAAUAUUUAUUGUAAUGAUGAUCGAAUAAAGCGAUGUCAUUCUUU